CAGCGCCCCGCCAUAUACGUAAAAACGUUUCUUCUUCCAGUUCAGUCCCUUAAACACAACAACAAUGGCGACAGAAAGAAACCUAGAAACAAGCAAGCUGGAGUUCUUCUUAGAUGUCCCGUUUCCAUCAUCCCAUGAGGCCACCAUUGCCCUGCGGUCCCUUGCCCCUGACAAGGAGCCGAGGAGAGGCGGCAUCAGCAAGCAGCUGAGUGUGUCUGGAAGCACGCUGUCCGUGAGGUGGAGUGCAGACGAAGCUCGAAUCCUCAGAGUGUCUGUCAGCUCAUUCCUUGACCAUCUGUCGCUCGUUGUGGAGACCAUGGAAGUCUUUGGCCCUCCUGUUGACCUGUAAUACAGCGCUCAGGACUCUGGAUUAUUAAGUCCUCCCAGUUGUCCCUCCUGGGAAAUAAAUGGAUACAACAUAAUUGACUAAAGACAAGUUGAAACUGCUGGAAUUUACAAAUACUAGCAGAUCAAACCAUAGGAUCUGACUUCCAGUUUUUAAUUUAGAGCCUUUUCAGACUAAGUUAGGUCUUUCUCUGAGUAUUUAUUUUGGAUGAUCUUUUAACCAAACGUCCCUGCAGAAAUCAGAGAAAAAUGUUUUUUGCUUGGAAUUAUUUAGUUGUUGAGUUCCUGUGCUAUGUAUUUCAUAAAUGUGGUAUGUUGCCAGUUUUGUGAAAAUAUUUGACCAUUUUGUGGUUUCUAAAUAAACAAGAAAAUGAUGCCUAAAA